AUGCAGUGCUUUUGUGCACUCCGUAGCACUCUUUGCUCCCAACUGCCCACCUCCACGCAUCGACUGCUGCUCCAGUCGAAAACGACAGCAAUUCGAGUGCUCCGAAGGGAUUUGACGUCGAAAGUGAAGAAUAUCAAGCUGAAUCAGAAUGUGCGUGUCCGGAAGCACGCAUUCUAAAAAAUUAUCGCAAAAUCUUUGAAAAAAUCAGAAAAAUGCCUCAAAAAUGUAGAAAAGCAAAAAAAAAACCCAAAAAUGCCUGAUCCCAAUGGGGCUAAAUCCGAAUUUUUAGUUAAAACGAGCAGAACGCCGAAAUGCGGCCUAUCUCUUGCGCCACACGACAUGGAAAGAUCUGAUGGAAUUGUACGAAAUAGCGAGACCGCACAAAACUUGGAUUUUCCGUUAGUUUUCGAAAAUUUUCAAUUUCUACCCGAAAAACUUGUAAUUGUUUGCAGUGGGCACCAGUUUCAUGGUGCUUUCGAGUGGAAUCUUCCUGAUAAUUCCGCGAAUUCUCGGAAAACUGAUCGAUGAAUACGGAAACCACGGAGACCAGGCGAGCCAGGAAAUCACUAUGCGGAUCGCAAAGUUCUUCAAAGAGCACCCGAUUGCAUUGGUGGGACUUUUGGCCACUGGAGCACUCGCCACUGCCGCAAAGGUUUAUUGCCUUCAGAUUGCCGGUGAAUACAAAUCGCUGAAACUAUUGAAAAAUGCAAUAGUUUUGUUGAAUUUAGAAAACGCCUCUCAGUACCCUUAUUUUUUAAUAGCAAAACAGUUUGCAGGUCUCAAUAUUGUGGGAGCACUUCGAAAAGCCGUCUACAGCUCUGUCAUUCGACAGGAUAUGUCGUUUUUCGACAAAAAUGUGGUACAUUUCUCCUAAAGUGCCGAGGACUCUCGAAUUUUCUCUGCUAAAUUUAGGUGGGCGAGAUCGGAUCGCGUCAUUCGGCGGACACGAUCAUCGUCGGCUACUCGGUCUCCACUUCGCUGCGCGCCGGAGUCCGUGCCGUGCUCGUCGGCUUCGGAUCCGUCGGAAUGAUGCUGAUGACGUCGCUCGAAUUGUCGACCGUCUCCUUUCUCACCGCGCCGAUCGUCAUCACCAUCUUCAAAAUGUUCGGAAGAGUGCAGCAGCAGUGCACGUGGCAGUUGCAGGAAGUUGUAGCCGAUGUGAAUCAGGUGACUCUGGGUUGUUUCAGAACAUUUUUGGGUGAAAACAACUUUUCCGUUGAAAAUGAAAAUAGUAUGUGUUGUAGACGGCGUUCGAACGAAUGGCCAACAUGAAAACGGUGCGAAUGCUCAGUGCCGAGCAGCAAUCAAUCGACGAGUACGUGAAGAAAGGAGAGACGAUUCUGGACAUUUCGCAGACGGAAGCACUCGCGAAAGGAAGUCUCAUUGGAUCUGUAAGUACACACUUUGCAGGCCGUUUAGUCUUGGCGCGGAGUAUCUUGUGCCCAAGUUUCAGGCCGAAUGGAUUGUCUGAUCUUUGAGCCGAACAGCCUAGAUCAGAUGAUCCGUUCGGGCUGAAACUUUGCCGAAACAUCUAGCAAAGUUUGGGUUUUCAUUGAUCGGAAAAGUUGAGCGUUUCAGUUCCAAUUCACCGGCUACUCGGCGUUUUCGUCGAUUCUCUUCUACGGUAGUCAUUUGAUAAACGAGGGACAGAUCACUUAUGGUACUAGAAACUCGCAAAAGUGAUAAUGACCCGAUUCCAGGAGAGCUCUCCUCGUUCUGUCUGUACGCAGUGCUUGCCGCCGCGAGUCUUUCGAACAUUUCCGGAUUCUACAACGAAGUGAUGAAGGGUCUCGGCGCGAGUUCCCGCCUUCUAGAGCUCAAAAACGCGCAGCCCUCGAUGAAUUUGACGUCGGGAAUCGAGAAGACCGAGAUCCGCGACGCCAUCCACUUUGAGAACGUCUCGUUCGCGUACGCCGGCCGCAAACGAACACUCGAGAACAUUUCGUUCGACAUUCCACGUGGCAAGAUCACGGCGGUCAUCGGGCCGUCCGGCUCCGGAAAGAGCUCGAUCGCCAGUCUGAUGCUCAGGUUGUACGACCCGGCCGAGGGGCGGAUUACUGUAGACGGGGUCGAUCUGAGGGAGAUGAACGCGACGGCGUGGCGGCGUGCAAUCGGGACGGUCGGACAGGAGCCCGUGCUGUUCACGUGCUCCAUCAGGGAAAACAUUCUGAUGGGCGCGAAAGAGCCGACGAAAGUCAGCCAGUUUGAUCUGGAGGAGGCCGCACAGCUCGCCAACGCGCUCGAUUUCAUUCAGGGAUUCGAGAACGGGUUUGACACAAUGGUGAGGAGAAUGUUUUCCAUGAAACUGUUUUGAAAAUGUCUCCGUUUUUUGCAGGUCGGCGAGCACGGUUGCAAACUGUCCGGAGGCCAAAAACAGCGAAUCGCAAUCGCGCGCGCACUCAUUUCCAAGCCGAAGAUUCUGAUUCUGGACGAGGCGACGAGCGCCCUGGAUGCCACUUCCGACUAUUUAAUCCGAAUGACUCUUGACAAUUUGCUCAAAAAUCACAAUUUGACGGUGCUCGUAGUGGCACACAGGUAUUCAGAAUAAUUCAAAAUUCAAACAAACUUUUUUUUUGCUAGACUGGCGACAAUGCAACAGGCGGACAAGGUGGUGUACGUGAAUCGGGGCCGAAUCGAGGGUCAGGGCAGUUUCGACGAGAUGAUGCUCGUGCAGAAUUCGAUUGUCGAGCAGGAGGCCCGUCGACGUGGCAUUCCGAUGAACGAGCAAAUGAGCCGAGUGAAAACGUCGGUCAAUUAUGGAAAUUCUUGA